AUGGUUGAGUUUUCUUUGAAAAAGGCCAGAAACAAUUGGAAGCAUGUAAAGAAAUCUGCGAGCUCUCCUGCUAAGCAAAAGGCUCCUCCAUCGCCUGCCAAGUCUAAGCAAAGGACAAAAAAAAACCCUUAUAGUGAUCUCAAGGACCCUGCUACCAGUUACACAUUACCAACAAUCAAUGCGAGGGAGAGAAAUAGGGUGGCUACUUCAAUGCAGAGAAGGCUAUCAAUUCAUAACACGAACUAUGCUCCACCAACACUUGAUUACUCAAUGCCCCUUCCUGAUAUACCAAAUAUGACAGUUCCCAAUGAUAACAUGGAUAGCAGUCAUAACAAUAGCAGUUUCACCACGGAGAAUGAAUCGGUAAGUUCUAGAGGCCCUUCCAAUAGCCUAAAUCCUUCCACUGCCGAUCUCUCCCUGAAUGAAAGCUCAUAUAAUAAGGUGCCUGCUAGAUCAGCAAUGAGAAAUACUAUAAUGCCUUCCAGUAGUAAUGAUCUUUUCAAUAAUAGCACGUCGCUUAGGAAAAUGUUGGCAAACCCGCGUUUUAAUGCUAAAGAUUUCGUCCAUGAUAAGCUAGGAAAUGCGAGUGCCAUUACUAUUGAUAAAUUUACUUCAAAUCUGACUGAUUUAUCGAUACAAGUUCAAGAAGAAGUAAAGUUAAACAUCAAUAAAUCAUAUAACGAAAUUAUGACGGUAAACAACGACUUAAAUGUUGCUAUGUUGGAGCUCAAAAGGGUCAGAGCAAAUAUAAAUGACCUAAACGAGAUUUUGGAUCAGUGCACCAAAAUAGCUGAAAAAAGGUUACAAUUGCAAAAUGAAAUAGAUAAAGAAAGGCAAGGUAAUUUUAAUAAUGUCGAAAGUCAUACUAGUAGCCCAGCGUUGCUUCCGCCCCUAAAAGCAGGACAAAAUGGAAAUCUCAUGAGAAGGGACAGAUCUAGCGUCUUUAUACUAGAGAAAUUCUGGGAUACUGAACUGGAUCAGUUAUUUAAGAACGUCGAAGGUGCUCAGAAGUUUAUAAAUUCUACGAAAGGAAGACAUAUUUUAAUGAACAGUGCUAAUUGGAUGGAGUUGAACACUACCACUGGUAAACCCUUACAGAUGGUACAAAUUUUUAUUUUGAAUGAUUUAGUCCUUAUCGCCGAUAAAUCAAGAGAUAAACAGAAUGACUUUAUAGUGAGCCAAUGCUAUCCUUUAAAGGAUGUCACCGUCACUCAAGAGGAGUUUUCCAGUAAGAGGCUACUUUUCAAAUUUAGCAAUUCGAAUUCAAGUUUGUACGAAUGUAGGGAAGCAGAUGAAUGCUCUAGGUUGUUGGACGUUAUAAGAAAGGCUAAGGAUGAUUUAUGUGACAUUUUCCAUGUAGAAGAAGAGAACUCUAAACGUAUUAGAGAAUCCUUUAGAUAUUUACAAUCUACGCAACAAACUCCAGGUAGAGAAAACAACAGAAGUCCCAACAAAAACAAAAGACGUAGUAUGGGGGGCUCAAUAACGCCUGGCCGGAAUAUGACAGGUGCAGUGGAUCAAUAUCUUUUACAGAACCUGACUUUAUCAAUGCAUUCGAGACCAAGGUCUAGAGACAUGAGUUCAAUCGCCCAGAGGCUUAGAUUUCUUGAUGAAGGCGUGGAAGAGAUAGAUAUUGAAUUAGCUAGACUUAGAUUUGAGAGCGCUGUCGAAACAUUAUUGGAUAUUGAAUCACAACUUGAGGAUCUCUCCGAAAGAAUUUCCGAUGAAGAGCUGAUGUUACGUAAUCUGAUAUCCUUGAAAAUCGAACAAAGACGAGACGCCAUUUCUAGCAAACUCUCUCAGAGCAUCUUGUCAUCCAAUGAAAUAGUGCAUUUGAAAAAUGGUACUGAAAAUAUGAUUAAGCUGGGACUGCCGGAGCAAGCUCUUGAUCUAUUCCUACAAAAUAGAUCUAAUUUCAUUCAAGAUCUAAUUUUACAGAUCGGAUCAGUGGACAAUCCUACAAAUUAUUUGACUCAGUUAGCUGUUAUUAGAUUUCAAACCAUCAAAAAAACGGUGGAAGACUUCCAGGGUAUUUUCAAGGAGCUUGGAGCUAAGAUCUCUUCUAUCUUGGUGGAUUGGUGUAGCGAUGAAGUGGAUAACCAUUUCAAAUUGAUAGAUAAGCAACUACUGAACGACGAAAUGCUAUCACCAAGCUCCAUUAAGUCAUCGAGAAGGCAGAUAGAUGGAUUAAAAGCGGUAGGUUUGGAUUUUGUCUACAAAUUGGACGAGUUUAUCAAAAAGAACAGUGAUAAAAUUCGUUAA